GUGCCAGCAGGGUGGGCUGACACCCAAAAGCACAACCCAGCAACUCCCACCCACCCACAGCUGUGAGAUGGGCUCGGGUGGGGAAGCCUCGGGUCGCUGCGGGGCCAAAUGCAGCCCUUUCUUCUCCUCCUCCUCCUCCUCCCCGUGUCCAUGCAGGACAGCCAUGUGUGUGGGGAAGUGCAGCCGGAUCGUGGGUCCCUGCCUGCUGGUGCUGGGCACGCUCUCCAUGGCAGCCAGCAUCCUCCUGCUCUUCCCUGGCGGAGCAUCCAAGUACCUGCUGGAGGGGCACAUCAGCAGCCACGCCAGGGCCGUGCCGGGUGUCUGGGGAGGCGGCAUCGCCGUGCUGCUGGCAGCGACCCACGUCACGGCGCUGGGGUGGCAGCGCUCCGGCUGCUCCGGCUGCGGCGCCCGCCACAGCGCGUUCCUGUCCGUGGUGCUCUCCAAGCUGGCGCUCCUGGGCGCUGCCGCCUGCUUCGUCCUCUGCGGGGUGGGGCUGACCAACGGCCCCCUCUGCUUCUACAACACCUCCGAGCCCGGCCUCGGGCACACAGCCCUCUGGGGCUACCCCUUCCUGGAUGCCAUUGACCAGGGGCCUGAUGCCAGGGCUGAGAACUACCUGUACAAUCGGAGAGCCUGGAGCAUCUGCCUGGAGCCCGAGGGCAUCGUGACCUGGCACGUCGUCCUGUUCUCCCUGCUGCUGCUCAUCAGCGUGGCCGAGAUGGUGCUGGCCUUGCUCCAGAUCCUCAACGGCUGCCUCGGCUGCCUCUGCGGCUUCUGUGACGGCAAGUAGGGCCCGGUGGUGGUGCCAGGAGGAGGUGUCACCUCGGGUGUCACCUGGCACACUCCACGGAGAGGGCACAGCAGGAGCUGUGACACCAACCCAGUGCAAGAGCCCUGUGUGAGACUGACAGAGCCCUCAUGGGGAAUGGACACCCCAGGUGUUGAGGUGGCUCGUGGGGCUGAUGUGCCAAGGGCUGCUCCUGUGCAGAUGCCCUGGCUCGGGCCAUGUCCCCUCCCUUGGGGCUGGUGGCCAUUCGGGGUUGGGAACUGGCCCGGUGAGGGAUGGAGGUGAGGACCUGGCUUCCAGCAUCCCGGCAUGAGCCCAGCAGCUGCCUCAGCUACUCCUGUGCUACUGAAAGGAGGCAGAGAACCAAUUUUCUGAUACAGUUUGGAGCAUUAAGAAGCAGGCAUUCCUUAUCAUGAGGUGGAAACACGCAGGAUAUCUCCUCUAACCCAAUGUGUGUUGUGAAGCUUCACGACAGGAGGUUUGUUCCAUCAUGAUCAGACAGAUUCAUGACAAGGGGGCUUCCUAGAGAACACAUAAACAUCACUUUUCCUAGAACCAGUUUACCUCCAUACCUCCAUCCCUUCCUGGAAGUCCUCUUUUGAUCCUAGAAAGUUGUCUACGGGGGUGUCUGGUGGUUGUACUCACUGAGUGCCCCAAUACUGUGAUCUUGCCUUGAGCGUCUCUCAGGGCACGAGCUGCUGUUCCUUGUUACAUAACUUUGCCACAAAAGUCACAAUGUUCCUCAUCACCUGUUUCUCCACUGGUUCCAGCUGUGUUCAGCAUCCCGUUUGCCUACUUCUACACCCUUUUAUCUCCUUCCUAGUUGGUGUUUAAGUUCUAUUUUGCAACUUCAAGGGAACUGAAAAUUUCUAUUUUACAUAUUGUCUGUCACUUGUCAGCCUCCACCCACCCCGGUGGAAAAUGAGACAUGGUGGUGUCACAGACUGAAGAGUUGGACACACUUCUUAAUCAGUUUCGUUAAUCAGUUCCUAAUUAGGGCAGUUGAGCUGGUGUUUGUCACCUGCACAGGCCAGGACAGGUGAAGGAGCCCCGAGGAGCCGAGCUGGGGCACUUGGAUGGAAUUGUGCUGGGGGAGGCAGAGCUGGAAUUGAGGUGUAACCCCCAAAGUUCACCCACACACAAGUGUCAGGAGCAGCUGCUGCUCCUUCCUGAUAGCAGGACCCCACUCCUCUGCUCAACCCCCUCCCAUAACCUUUACAGGACGCAGCGUGGGCCUGGGCCUGCCCGUGCUGGGAGGGGGUUUGUCCCCAGACUGACAAGGGUCAGAGGAGAGCAGUGAUGGCCAUGGCACAUUAGAAAACCAAAUCCCAGACCAGACAAAACAGUGACUGGGCCGUUGGGGUGGCUGAACCCCAGCUGGCACCUGAGCACCACCCAGCCACUCACCC